CCGCGGAUUAUCGUAUUCUCAAAACCAAAGUUUCAGAAAAGAUCAUAAACCGCGGAUUAUCGUAUCAUCAAAAGCAAAGUUUUAAAAACGAUCAUACAUCGUGGAUCAUCGUAUCCUCAAAACCAAAGUUUUAAAAGAUUAUACACUGCGGAGCAUCAUAUCCUCAAAACCAAAGUUUAAAAAACAUAUACAUCGCGGAUCAUCAUCAUACCAUCAAAACCAAAUUUUUAAAAAGGAUUAUUAUACACCGCGGAGCAUCUUAUCCUCAAAACCAAUUUAAAAAAAAAAGAAUUAUACACCGCGGAGCGCCAUAUCCUCAAAACCAAAGAGAGGAAAAACAACCCGCGCUUCUCUGUCGGCGUGCCGCUCUCAUUUAAUGCGGAUCGGUAAUUAUUUUGAUGAGCAUAAAAUCUUUUACCAGCCUUCGUCGCCACAAAUGUGAUACCGACGAUUGGCCUUCCUCCUUGUGCAGUGCCGCGCCACCUGAUUGGACCACUUGCAUGGAUGACCCGCGCGAGCGUAGGGAUACGAGCUUUAGACCUGACAAUCACGCCGUGGAUAAUGAAGUGCAGCCGGAGCCAAUGGGAUCCUCUCUCCGUGCGCUAUGCCUCUGCCCCGCGUGUGCUGGGGGCUCCGACCAGUCGACUGUAAUUGUCACUCACCAAUAAACUUCUUGAACUCGUGUGACACCGCUAUCCAUAUAAGGAGGAGUAACCAUAGAAACUUAGCAGUUUCAACUGGAGUGUCAGAGUUCAAAACAGACGGAGUGCUAGCGAGGCAGGGCCAUAUCACACGCAACGCACACUCCCCUAUCUCAGUUGUGUCGAUUCCUACGCUGUCUAGGCCGCUUGUCUCUGUCAGUGUAUAUGUGUGUGUGUGUAACGGAUUCACUAAGCUGACACGGUGUGGGGGAAAUACCAUUAUAUUUUAUACACCGUGUGCGCUGCUCUUUAACUAGCGGCAGCUCGGGGACCCGGCACCAGAAGUCACUCUUGUUUAAUGUGGACACAUGAGUUGGGGAUUUCUGUGUUGGUUGGAAGUGUUGUCAUCCCGCGGGUGAUAGUGACAAGAGAGCGUAUUUUGUCAGGGGUGUGCUAUUAUCACCAGAGGAGGACUCAUGACAAACGGAUGAGUAUUCAACACCGCGCUGGACUUAGUUCGCUGUCAUAGCUUGUGACAUUGCACUCUGAUCCUCUUACGACUUUUAAAAAAAACACCUCUCUAACUCUGUUGAUGCCUCUCAACAUGGCUAUGACGCCGCCGACGCAGACCCCAGUGAUACCGUGGCGCGACCCCAUCCACGUCGCCGAGGACAUUAACUGCAACAAUGCCACGGCCCCGGCGGUGGUUCACCCGACCCCGGGGCAGACGCACUCGACCCCGCCCAUAGAACAGCGACGUCCAUCGGAGCCGAUGGAAGCGGCGCCGCCCACGAUUCCACCCUCGCAACCAACGAACACGACGACUCCGACACCGGUGCAGCAGCAGAACGGCACCCCCAACAGCAACAGUCCGGAAAAUAACAACAACAACAACAACAACACGAAGCAGCAGAUCGAAUGCGUGGUGUGUGGGGACAAGAGUUCGGGCAAACAUUACGGCCAGUUCACGUGCGAGGGAUGUAAAAGUUUCUUCAAGCGGUCCGUGCGACGCAACCUCACCUACACGUGUCGCGGCAACCGAUCGUGCCCCAUAGACCAGCACCAUCGGAACCAGUGCCAGUACUGCCGGCUUAAGAAAUGUCUCAAGAUGGGGAUGCGACGGGAAGGUAGGUGGGAUGCAGCUGUCCAGCGCGGGCGAAUCCCGCCGACUCAGCACCCGUUCCCGGGACAAAUGGCAUUUCCAAACGGGGACCCCCUAAACGGCCACACCUACUUAUCCAGCUUUAUUUCCAUGCUCCUGAGGGCAGAGCCCUACCCCACGUCUCGCUACGGACAAUGUAUGCAGCCAAACAACAUCAUGGGCAUCGAGAACAUUUGUGAACUGGCAGCAAGGCUGCUCUUCAGUGCUGUGGAGUGGUCGCGAAAUAUACCCUUUUUCCCGGAUUUGCAGGUCACCGACCAAGUGGCACUGCUACGCUUGGCUUGGAGCGAACUGUUUGUACUGAACGCGGCUCAGUGCUCCAUGCCCCUCCACGUGGCCCCCCUCUUGGCGGCGGCGGGCCUCCACGCCAGCCCCAUGGCGGCCGAGAGGGUGGUCGCGUUUAUGGAUCAUAUUAGGAUAUUCCAGGAGCAAGUGGAGAAGCUGAAGCAACUGCACGUCGAUUCAGCAGAGUACAGCUGUUUGAAGGCCAUUGUUCUCUUUAGUUCAGACGCUUGUGGUCUUUCGGACACGAAUCACGUGGAAGGUAUUCAAGAAAAGUCGCAGUGCGCCCUGGAGGAGUACGUCAGAAGCCAGUACCCCAAUCAGCCGACGCGCUUCGGCAAACUGCUGCUGCGACUGCCGUCGCUGAGGAUGGUGAGCGCCCAGGUGAUCGAGCAGUUGUUUUUCGUUCGGCUCGUGGGCAAGACGCCAAUAGAGACCUUGAUACGGGACAUGCUGUUGAGUGGGGGCUCCUUCAAUUGGCCCUACAUGGCCAUUCAGUAACGGUUCCUAGUCUUUCCAGAUACCCACCCACCACCCCCACUCACCCCCUCACCCAUCCGGAAUGAACCUGACAAAAACGAAAUAAACAGUUGGCCUUUUAGGGGUGUUUUCAGAACGUCUUGGUUUAUCUGAUGGAAAAGAAAAACGAGUUGAGGUUAUGAUCUAGCCGAUCAUUUGUUGGAAUGAAAGAAGACUAGAGGGAAAGAACAACAAAUGAAAAUAAGUAAAUAGAAUGGAAGGACAAGAAAGAAGAAACAAUUAAAAGAAAGUUUCAGUUAAAAGAACAUAUUGGUUUGGCUUGUGAAGCAAAAACAAUAGAGUUGAGGUAAUAGUAAUUUCAACCGUUUGCAGGAGGAACAGAAAAAAUGGAAGGAAACAAAUGAUAAGAACACAAUUUGAAUUUAAAAAAAAACAAGUCUUUGUUUGGCUGUGGAAACAACAGAGACUUAAAAUAACAAUUAUGUCGGCUAUUUGCAGAAAAGAAAGAAGAAUGGAAGGAAAAAGAACAGGCAAAAACAAAAUUGAGUAGGAAUGGAAGAGAGAGAGAGAGAGGGAGAUAAACGAGAGAGACAUGGAAAUGUUGAUGAAAGGCCACGAUCGAUGAAUCGUAUUGUAAAGACGACAGAAGAACAUUCAUCAAGUCCUGGUUUUAGCGAUGAGAUGUGGUUAUAAUGUAGAGAUUUCCAACUCAGAUUUAAGUUAACCCUUUCAUCCGUUUGGAAUCUUCAGUGUACUAUUCAUUCAGUUUCUGAUUGUCUGGCCGUAAAUGAUUCACAUGUUAAAAGAAGGUAGAACUGUAACAGGACAUUAUAGAUUACAUUGACAACACUUACGAGUAGCCAUCAUAAACAACAUCGUCUUCAGUUAAACAAACAAACAAACAAAAUCCGCGAUAUGUUGAUACUUUCCCUCCCAAAAAUUACCCACUAAAACUACAAAUAGUAGGUCACAUUUUCAUAAAAUGCAGAUGGGUAAUACUUUAAGCUCUUAAAUACAAAUAGAAGUGUGACUGGAAAAGUAUUAAAGGGAUAUACCCUAGUUGUUAAACACUAAGUCGUAUUUUUUACUAUUAGAGCCGUUUUCGAUAACUAAAAUUAUACUUUACUUAGAUUUUAUUGUUUAGAUUAUCCAUUUCAUAGUGUGUUUGGUCAUCAGGGUGUUUUUAAUAUCACAAAAUGCAUUUCUCAUAUUUUUAAAACCGCACGUCCGUCUGAGAAGUAACAGUUAUGGAGCUGAGUUUAAGUCUAAUUUUAGAGGGUAUUUCACCAUUUCAAAGUCAGAGACUCGUUUUUCACUCAAUUGUAACUUUAUCCAAAUGUGUUACAGGUUUGUAGAUUAACCAAACGUAGUGUGAAUUUUCAUGGGCUGAAACUAGGGUCUGUCCCUUUAAAAUCUUCCUACAUUAUUCAUGAAGCAGACGAUGAACCUGCAGAUCAUGAUGUCCAGUUCUCACUCGUCCACAAAAGGACAAAAGAAGCCAAUAUGUUCUGAAAAUACCAAGGCAUUUAUUAACUGUUGUUUCAUACGUCAUUUUAGUUGUGUGGGGUUUUAGCCCAAUAUUACAAAGACUGACCACCGGAGAGUGGCAUGGACUACAGACUAUAAUCCUUAACAUUCGAAAAAAAAACCCAAAAAACAAUACCAACAUAGAUGAUGUUAUACGUACUUGACCUAUCACUUGUUUUACGAGGGCAGCUGUGGACAUUCUCACUCUCAGACUAUGUAAACCCCCACGUCCUAGUUUGCCAAUUGUUCUUGUUUUGUGUUACACGUGAGGAACCAGGUUCCAAACAAAUACCCGGAUGAACUUGAGUCAGAGGAAGAAUCUUCGUGACCUUGGCGAAGGAGGUUGGUUGACCUUUAAAAGAACUGUUGUUGUACCAAAUAAUACGUAUUAUCAUUGACUUUUGUAAACUUCUGGCAUCUUUGUAAUACUAGUUGGUGCAUUGCUGUUGGUUUUGUUUUGACCUUAAAUAAUACGUACACCUUAAAACACGUUUAAAACGUCCCUGUCAUCAUCAAACAUUUGAAUGAACGUGAUAUUGCAGCGAUAUAUUACUGAAAACUUGAUUAUACUAGCUGAGUGAAUUUAAUUUGUGACCACCUUUGUUAAACACUGAACUUCGAGAUUGAAAACAGGUUUUUUUUAACGGAAGUGUUUAUUAUUUAGACCUUACAAGGAACAGUUGAAAUGUGGUAUUUACUUUGAAACAGCCAUCAAACAAUAGAAUCUAUCAAAACUAUGUUCACAUCAAUUUCAUGAUGUUUAUUGUUCCGAUAACGAUUACCAUUGUCGAUUGUCAUUUCACAGAACAUCGCAUGGCUCCAUAUUUUGGAUACGAAACUAAACCGAUAACUCCACUUGAAAUCAAUAACCUGUUGUGCCCGUCUUUACAACUCUUCACAGUCCAAAUGAGAUGGUCAGACUUGGUCUCCAGUUUCCAGCAUCAUGUCGAUGCCAUUCUGUUAAACGUGACGUUUGUUACUGCAUGCAGUGCAUUCUAGUUUUUAAAACUCUAUCAUUAUUAAGUAAAACGGAAAAAUCACACUAGCCAUAGUAUCGUAGUCAGUACAAGGACUGUACCAACUUUAUUAUAGUCCUUAAAAAAGACUUACUAAAUGUUCAUUUUAAUUUAGUUUCGUUUAGAACUUCAGGUGGUCACAAAUUAAACGGUAUAUAUAUAUAUAUAUAUAUAUAUAUAUAUAUAUAUAUAUCUGUGUGUGUGUGCUUUGGAAUAUUUGAAAGAAGACGAAAGAUAAAUUCAUGAAUGACUAACUGGUGCCACAAAGAUAUCGCCAGAGGUAUCAGCAUAUAUAAGUAUUCCCGACGAUUGUCAAAUCAAAAGUUCCACUUUGUUAUAAAUGUCUUUAUAUAGAGAAAGUGAGUUUGUACGUAGUGAGAGUAUGGUCGAUUUUGUGUGUGUUUUUGGUGUUUCCGUAACCGUGUUGUGCACGCCAUUUUCGAGUGGUUCUAAACCGUGUCAUUUCAUUCUCAUAUGUUCAUUCCCGUGUCAUAGAUCAGUUUCCAUUUCUUGUAUCUUCUUUGUGUUGGGGAGAAAAUGUUUUAAUACAUUAUUAAAAAAAUAUCUCGAUUAUUUUACGAAGUCGAAUCCUCCCCGUCUUUUUCCGUUUCAUUCCGUACCGAAACGAAAAAACACGAAAGGUGUAACGUAAUAUAUACCGAGGUAUCUCGGAUUCGAGAAUAGCUGAUGCCAAAAAUAACAAGGUUCCCAUAACAUUAUUAAUCUUUUAUUCAGAGUUCGUUUUGAGUAGUUCUAGCAAUACAUCGGAUGUAGUUUAGCUUGCCGCGAACUCUUUAAACUAUUUCAUAACAGUAUAUGUAUAUGUAAAGUUGUAAAAAAAAUAUGUUUGUUGCUUAACAGUACUAUCUUUAACACUUUACGUUGAUUUUGCCACGCAAAAGUUGUAUACAUUGUUCGUACGAGUAAGUUCCAGGUUAUGUCCCUUGCAAGAGGUCUCCACUCGUUUUGUCCGAGGGACAGCUUGAAUCUGUCUGCUAAGGUUUGUUAUGUAUGUAUAUAUUAGAGGAGUUAAACUCGCGAAGGUUGUAACAACCGAUAAAUAUGUAUUUAACUGGAAAUGUGAUAUCAAAUAUUGAUCAUAUUCAACAUUUCCCGAAUGACGUAAUCAUGCAUCGUCUGAGUGCUACUUUCGCUUUCAUUUUCAUUUUCACUUUAACUUUACAUUAAGUGCUACAAUAUUUUAUGGAUUUCUGCUACGAAAACGUUACAGACUGAUUUACAAUUGUUAUAAAUUCAGUUUUCUUUCGUUCUUUUUUUCCUCUUUUUUUUGCUAGAAAAAACAAUAAUAUAUCUUAGUAUUAAUUAUUUUAUCCUCAUAAUAUAUUACUGAAAUUAUUGCUAUGCCAUAAUCCUGCAGUAUUUAUUACAUAUGUGUGUUAUGUUUAUAUUUACCCAGCAAACCAAAGUUUUUUGCAUAAUUAUCUUUUAAAAAAAACAGUUUGUUUUCACACUUCUGGAAUUGUAUUGAAGGUAGCAUAAAUGCCUUUUUACAAUCGUUAUUUUAGAUAGCAUAACUAUUUUUACAAUGUUAAUCAUUUGGUGUUCAAAGUUGUUGUUUUUUGUUGAACUGUUCGUCUCAUAUGAUACGAUAGUUUUUUUGUAUAUUUUAGUUAGGGUUGUUCCAGUAAAUAUCACAGUGGGGACAGGGGGGUGGGUAAGAAAAAAUAAUUUCCAUCUUGUCAAAAGUUUUAUUUCAUUGCAAUACCUGGCAUGAAUUCCCCCCUCCCUCCCUCUCAUCCCGGUACUUAAUUUUAAACACCUUACUUUUCGCUACUUCCCACGAAAAACACUACAUAUUGGACUGUAUCCUUUUCAUGAGUAAACAAAAUAUCAAAACCACUAUGGACAGAAUUUUCAAAGAUUGUUUUUUUUACUUACUCGCGUGUAACUACACGUAUUUUUAAUGCUUAAACACCUGCGUUUUAAGAAAAACAGGCUUCGCAAAUUCGGCUCUAUGCGAUAUUAAUUAGACAAACCCAUCGUGUACUAAAUUAUUUGCAUCUCUCCCUCCCUUAUGUGAUCACAUGGAAUGACCCUUGAUCAUAUUUUGCAAUACUAUUACGUCAUUGUGUUAGUCAGAUUACACGUUAAACUAUUUGCGCUCAUCAUUCCGAUAAAUAUUAGGUGAAAUAUUUGUUUUCUUGUUUUGUGAAAAGUUGCAAUAUGUUUUGAUUUUGUUUACUGUGUAACACAACGUUUAGUUAAAAGUGUGGCUUGAGUCCCUAGCAGACAGAUCGACAGGUCUCCCGGGCAUAUGCUUGUUAGUGUCAAAGACACCGGUGUAUACAUUCGGCUUUAAUAUGAUUAAAUCUGAUGUAAAUGAAA